GCCGAAGCGUAUGUGCGUUGACUUGUAACUCAACACCAACUCUCCAGUCAUACAUCAUCUUUCAAGUUAGCUUGUAUUGUAAUUGAUAAGUACUUGGGAAAAAAUGGCAUUUAGGUCUAUGGCGACGGCUGCUAGACAGUCGCUCAAAAUUGGCAUGUUGCCUGCAGAUGGCAUUGGAAGAGAAGUUUUACCGGCGGCUAGAGCAGCCAUUAUUGCUCUUGGAUCAUCUAUACCCAAGCCAGAAUUUAUUGAUCUUGCUGCUGGUUUUGAACUUUUCACGAAGACAGGGACUGCUUUGCCGGACGAAACAGUUAGCAUCUUACAGAAUGAAUGUGACUGUGCCCUCUUUGGAGCCGUCAGUUCGCCGUCCCGCAAGGUGGUGGGUUAUUCUUCACCCAUUGUAGCGCUUCGAAAGAAGAUGGAUCUAUACGCAAACAUACGACCAGUCGCUUCUGUGGCUGCUACUGCUGGAGGAAAACCUGAUGUCGACUUAGUCGUCAUCCGGGAAAAUACCGAAUGUCUCUAUAUCAAACAGGAAACCUUGCAGCAAGGAGAGUUUGGCAAGGAAGCUCGCGCCACGCGGCUUAUCACUGAGCGUGCCUCACGUAGGAUAGGUGAUAUGGCGUUUAAGACAGCACUUUCUCGUCCACGCAAGCAUGUGACCAUCAUCCAUAAAUCUAACGUCUUGUCUGUCACCGACGGCCUCUUCCGUGAAACUGUCCGAGCGGUGCCCGCAUUACCUGAAGUGAAUGGGAGAUACGAUCAGAUUACGAUUGCAGAACAACUCGUGGACAGUGCUGUUUACAGGUUGUUCCGCGAGCCUCAUAUUUUCGAUGUAAUGGUUGCUCCAAACCUGUAUGGAGAUAUCCUUUCAGAUGCUGCUGCCGCAUUGGUGGGGUCAUUAGGUUUAGUGCCUUCCAUAAACGCUGGCGAUUCUUUCGUGAUGGGUGAACCGGUACAUGGCUCUGCUCCGGAUAUUGCAGGGCAAGAUAUAGCAAACCCCCUCGCAGCUAUGCGCUCUGCUGCAUUGAUGCUGCGCCAUCUCGGGUACGGUGAAGGAGCAGAUCGUAUUGAGAAGGCUGUGGAUGAAGUGAUCAGGGAAGGUAAUGUUUUGACGCCUGAUUUGGGUGGGAAAAGUAAGACCAGCGAGGUGGUGAACGAGGUGGUGAAGAGAAUAUAGUAGGUAGAAUACCCAUAUAUCUUGGUUGGCUUCUGUGCACACAUUCUACGCCUGUUCCGCCUGUUUGUCCUUGAAAAGCGUGGUGUAAAUAACCUUCCACUGAGGUUUUAUGUCCCCUAUUGGCAUUGUUUGGACAAUGGCUUA